AUGGAGGACAAUGCUCGGAAGAGAUUAGGCCACCUAAUGGAUGAACUUCCUGGAUGGGCCAGUGCUGGUCUUGCUGAGCUGUGGUGUUUGCUCUCGGGACGGGAAUAUACAUCUCAGAUCAAAAAUCAGAUUACUAAAGCUUUCUGUUGCAUGAAGGAAUACAUUGAAAGGCAGGAGAGAAGCACACUGAUGUUCAGGCAACAGCAACAAACAUUUGUAGGAGAGUCAGGACAGUUUUCCCCUUCCCAUCCUUCCCAUCACUACUUGCCUUUCCCAAGUACAGGGAUAUCUCAGUGCUUAGUAAUCACAGCUCAGAACAGGAAAAUAAUGUUUCCUAGAUAUCCCUCUAAUUAUGAACCAUCACUCGAGAGAUCCUGCAACAGCCAAGUGAUGUGUUCUCAGAGCUUCUCUACUUGGUACCGCUACUGGGAAGUAAUUAUCAAAGACAGUGAUGGAUGGGCUGUGAGAGCUGUUCAUGAAAUGAGUGGUAAAAGAGAUAAAUUGGAAAGACUAGUGCGUUUCUAGUGUGUGGAAGGUUCCCCAAAGCAGCUGUCAGCAUGACAUAGGGGUCAAGAGACAUCAUUGAACGAGAAGCCCCUGAAGGCGGGAGUUUCCCUUAGCCCCAUGUGA